CGAGGCAGAGGGGCGCGGGGCCCACAGCCGAGGCAGCGCCCGACGCCCAACUUGCCAUGAUGGAAGAGGAGGAGCAGAAGCAACAUUCGCACUGUGUGAAUUGUGUCAGUAGACGAUGCAUGGCAAGACCAGAAACUGGGAUUUCCUGUGAUUUAAUUGGCUGUCCGUUGGUUUGUGGAGCAGUUUUCCACUCAUGCAAAGCUGAUGAACAUCGAGUAUUGUGUCCACUUGAACGAGUGCCUUGUUUAAAUAGUGGUUUUGGGUGUCCUUUUACAAUUACCAGAAGUAAAAUUGCUGAACAUCUAGAAAUAUGUCCUGCAAGUGUGGUGUGCUGUACUAUGGAGUGGAAUAGAUGGCCAGUCAGUUAUGCAGACCGAAAAUCGUAUGAAAAUCUAAGCAGAGAUGUUGAUGAAGUGGAACAAUUAGACAUGGCGUUGGCCCUUCAGGACCAAAGGAUGCUCUUGGAAUCUCUCAAAGUUGCCACUAUGAUGUCAAAAGCAACUGAUAAAAUAUCAGAAUCCAAAGAACAAGUUCCAGUUAAAUCAAGUGUCCCUGAUGUACCACACACUAAUGGUUUGGUGUCUGUUGAUGGAGAAUCUUAUGGUGCACUCUACCAAGCUACUGUAGAAACAACUAGAAGUUUGGCUGCUGCAUUAGAUAUCCUGAACACUGCUACACGGGAUAUUAGUAUGUUAAAUACAAGACUAUGUGCUUCACCAAGUGAAAUAGAUGAAGAACAAAAUGCUACAGAAAGCUUGAAGAUUAAGAGCUCAAAAGACUCUGAAUAUCCAGAUGAAGAUGAAAUGGGAGCAGUUGGUGGUUUUGACCAUAAUGUCUCUGGUCAGAAUCCCCAGUCUGAACAAAAUGGCUCAAAUGAUUUUUGCUGUGACAUAAAUGAUAGUUUUGACAGCACUUCUGCUUUCUGUAAUGGCUUUCGUUUGGAUAAUAUGCAUACAGAAGUGAUGGACCAUGAUGAGGAUUUUAGUAGUGAAUCAGAUCUAUGUAAUUUAAGAAAUGGUGAAUGUGUACCUUCUGACGAAGCAUUGCCUACUGAUUCACUUUCAGUAGCAGCACAACUUGAGGAAGAAAUACAAUCUAGUACUUUGCCAAAUGGAACAGUUCAGCAUAUCCUCUCACCAGAUGACUCCAAUGGAGGGGAAAUACUGGAAAAUAAAGCAGAACAAGAAGGAUUAAGGAAUGUGGAUGUUCUUUCUUUAAUUCGGCCCCAGUCAUUUAAGUUCUUUUCUAGUUCCUGUUGGUUCAAAGCGAAGGAAGAUAAAGCAGUAGAUACUGCAGACUUGGAAGUUACUGAGGACCCCAUGGGCCUUCAGGGAAUAGAUCUAAUCACAGCUGCUUUGCUAUUUUGUCUAGGAGAUUCUCCUGGUGGAAGAGGAAUAUCGGAUAGUCGUUUUGUUGAUGUCUGUCAUGUUGACUUUGGGACUCAAACUUUUUCACUUCCUUCUGCAAUUUUAGCCACAAAUACAAUGGUUGGGGAAAUAGCUUCUGCUUCAGCUUGUGAUCAUGCCAACCCACAGCUCUCAAAUCCAAGUCCUUUUCAGACACUUGGACUGGAUUUAGUAUUGGAAUGUGUGGCAAGAUACCAAAUCAAACAACGUUCAAUGUUUACAUUUGUUUGUGGACAAUUAUUUAGAAGAAAAGAAUUUUCUUCACAUUUUAAGAAUGUUCAUGGUGACAUUCACGCUGGACUUAAUGGCUGGAUGGAACAGAGGUGUCCUUUAGCAUAUUACGGGUGUACAUAUUCUCAACGUAGGUUUUGUCCUUCAGCACAAGGGGCAAAGAUUAUACACGAUCGCCAUUUGAGAUCAUUUGGGGUUCAGCCAUGUGUAUCUACAGUAUUAGUAGAGCCUGCUAGAAACUGCUUGCUCGGCUUACAUAGUGACCAUCUAAGUAGUCUUCCUUUUGAGGUCCUACAACAUAUUGCUGGAUUCUUAGAUGGUUUUAGUUUAUGCCAGUUUUCAUGUGUAUCACGGCUAAUGAGGGAUGUGUGUGGCAGUCUGCUUCAGUCCCGUGGAAUGGUCAUACUACUGUGGGAAAAAAGGAAAUACCCUGAUGGACAUUCAUCAUGGCAGAUACGAGAAAAGGUAUGGCGAUUCAGUACUGCAUUUUGUUCUGUGAAUGAGUGGAAAUUUGCUGACAUCCUUAGCAUGGCCGACCACUUGAAGAAAUGCAGUUACAAUAUUGUAGAGAGAAGAGAAGAAGCUAUUCCAUUACCAUGUAUGUGUGUAACACGGGAACUCACUAAAGAAGGACGAUCACUGCGCUCAGUCUUGAAACCUGUACUUUAAAUGAUAGUUACUUCUUUUGCGCACAAUCACACCUACUAUCACCUCUGUGUAAUAUGUGACACUUUAUUAAUGUACUAAAGCAAAUGUCUAGCAAAAUCUUGUCACUAUGUAUAUAAUGUUUUGAAGUGACCUUUAUUUUUUAUAAAAUAAGUACAAUUUAAUUGGAAGAAAACAAUUUGCCUUAAUGUUUGAAACUUUUGAAACUUGCUGGACAGGAUAGUUUUUUCUAACUUAUGUUGGUCAUAUUUUUGUUGAAUAGGUAUUUAGAAUUAGUAUUUUUAAUGUGUGCACAUUUCAGAUCACAGAUUUUUUGAGUUUAAUACACUAACAAGAUCCUGACCAAAUGAUUUUGUACUUGUUUUCUGCAAGGUGUGACCCUUUGCAUUCAAAAACUGAAACAAUUAAGUUUGCAAUAUAUAUUUUAGAUUUUAAAAUAACUAAACUAUUUUAGUACUGCCAUAAAAACUGCGGCAUUCUUGUUCUUAGUACUUUCCUUUUACAAUUGUUGACACAUAGGUGACCUAGAAUGUAUAGUUUAGAAAGAUGUUAAGCAGUGUGAUCAAAACAUUUAUUGUUUCUUUAAAAUACCCAAAUGGUAAUUAAUUACUUUUGUGUAUUUGUAGGAGUCACACAGAAAGCAAAACUAUUUCUACCUAUUUUUGUAUAGCUAACACCAAACUUCAUGGAAAUAUGUUAUAGUUAACAAGUUAAAGUAAAAUCAUAAAAGAUGAAUGCUUAAAAAUCUUUGCAUACACAUUUACUUUAACUCAGAUGUUCAUGACAUUAAUUAUUUUGCUGGGUGUUUGAUAGGGUUUUAAGAGAAGUGGGUAUAUUACUUCUAAGACUAUUUGGGUUAAGAUCAAGUGAAGAAAGGUGGGGGGAACAUAUACCUCAUGUUAGGUUUGUGAAUUAGGAAUAUCAGAUGCACAAAUUUUAAAUAUUCAAAGGGCUUAACUCAUACAUAUUUUAUAGGCCUUACUCUUUUACUUUGGUCAAAAAAUGCCACUGUAUAUUCUAAGGGGCAUCUUAAAAUAUCAGUAAACAGUAUAUUGUCUUCAUAAGAUGACAACCCAUUAACUACAUAAAUGCAUCUUAAGCCAUUUUCACUAACCUUUGAAAACACUACUAGAUAGUUUCCAUACAGUCUUCCGUAACAAGAAAUGAGUAUAAUAUUUUUGGAUAGAAAUCAAGUAGUGUAGGAAUAUGUCCCAUGAACAUCACACUUGGAGUAUUUCAUUAUAGUUUUCAGCUUUCUGUGGACUGUUAUUGACCUGAUGAGGUUGAUGACUAAUGCCACUAUUUAGCAUGAGAAUGAAUGGAUCAGCGUUUGAGAAUAUUAACCUGGGAAGAUGGUGACACAUUUACUCUAAAUAUUUUGGGGGGAGCCACAAAUAAUUUCUGGCUCUUGGUACCUUAUGGUAGUGGUAAUUUGUCAUCUUUACACCUAUAAAUUCUGAAACACUAAUGUGUCUUUUUUCAUCUCCUUUCCUAUGUCAGAUCCUGAGUGUGCUAUAUUAUUACUAAGUUCUUUAUUUCCAUGUAUGGCAAUCAGGCUGGGCAAAGCAUUCCUUGGCCACCGGAAAGGAGUUCUGCAACAGUUAAGAAUUGUUUUUGCUGAAUUGGGCCCUUAUUGCAGUUGAAAAUAUCAUACAGCUGAAGAACAAUCAACUCUUUCUUUGCCAGUCAUUUUAAGUAGCAUAACUAUCCUCAUUUCUCAGUGCCUAUACCUGAUUUGUCAUAUGUGAGAUGCCGAGUUGUAUAAGCAAAUAUUAAGUUUUUAUGAGAAAUCAGAAAUGAAAAUAACAGAUAAUAAAAUUCUGCUGUAUAAAAUAUUGAAGAUAUGGAAAAGAAAGUGUAUAUAUAGUCAAGAUAACAGAAGCAUUCAUUUCCCUUUGAUUUUGUCAUGGUACGAAUUUAGACUGUUGAGCUUAUGGUCAUAAACCUCUUGUGUUGACUUAGAUUCCCAAGGUACAUUUUCUAUUUCAUAUAUCUGUUGUCACAUUAUCUCCAGUAACAUUUUUUUGUUUGUGUGAUCCACCAUAUUUCCAUGUUAUAAUUUGGUUUUGUUAUAUUACCUGUUCAAAUUCUAAUAAAAUUAAUAUUUGUUUCCCCGUUAUGUGGCUCAAUAACUUUUCAAAAACCUGAACAAUAUGAUUUGUCUUAUUUGAGGCAAUUUGGAAUUUUUCAUAAUUAAGCAUCAAGUACUGUUAACUCUUUAUCUCUGGUAUACAUCAUCUGCAUGCUGCCCAACUUACUCAUUGGCUACUUUCACUCUCCCAGGCUUCCUAUGCAGGUAUAUGCAAAAGCCUUUUUUGUUUUCCUUUUCCCUCCAUUGUUCCUAGGCAUGAAAGGGGUAGAGAGUUAAUAGCAUGAUUAUUUUCCAAACUUUUUUCUGAUGAUAUUAGGGACCUAGCCUUAUUCUAUGUAAAAACUUUUUGUAAGAUGUUUGUUGGAAUGCUUAUCUUUUUAUUUUGUUGUUUGGCAUAAGAUUGGGAUUUGAAAAGUGGUCAUUUAAAAGGAAGCUUAUUGGGGGGGGCAG